AUGCCCUCCGCAACCUCGACAAGGCCAACUAAGCGCCUAGCCGUCUUCUGCGACGGAACAUGGGUAGGCCGCGAAACUGAAGUCGAAGAUGCACCACCAAGCAACAUCCGACAACUUGCAAAUAUGGUCGGCGAAGUACAAUACGCCACCGACGACAACACAGCCGCAAAAGUCCAUCCCAUCAAGCCCCACAAGACAGCAACACAAGGCUCUCCCCCAGACAUCAUCGCCGGCUACCAAGAAGGUGUGGGCCUUAACAAGACCUUUCUGCAGUACAUAUGGGACGGCGCAACCGCAUCCACCAUCAGCGACGAAUGCAUAGCCGUCUACCGCUUCAUCGUGGAAAACUACACCUCGGACCAUGAAAUCUGGCUCUUCGGCUUCAGUCGUGGUGCCUUCACCGUCCGCUGUGUAGCCGGCAUGAUCAACAACUGCGGUAUCAUUAAACGCCUCCCAGAGUACACAGACGCAGAGGUCCAACGUCUCUGCUAUGAAGUCUUCAGAACAUACCGGAGUAACCUCCCCGUCGAUGCACCGAAGAGCGACGAAUGCCAGAGGUGGAAAGGCCUGGGCGAUAGGGUUUGGCAAGUCAAAAGGCCCAUCCGCUUUAUGGGUGUCAUUGAUACGGUUGGGGCGUUGGGAAUUCCGCGACUCAAUGCGGGAAUUGGGUUUGAUUGGAGUCCGUUUGAGUUCUUCGAUCAGACUGUGAGUACUGUCGUGCAGCAUGUGUAUCAUGCGCCUUGUUUGCACGAUCGGUUGUGGAUCUUCCAGCCUUGUCUUGUGUACCCCAGCGAAGAGGAUGAAGAUGGCAAAGAAAAGGCGGUCGUGAAGCAAAGAUGGUUCCCUGGUACCCAUUACGAUGUCGGUCGCAUGACCUUUCGUUUUAUACGCCAGAGUCCUGCGAAUUGGAUUGAAGAUGCGCUGGGCUGGCUUCCGAAUCUGCUUUCCCGAACGAUAUAUCCGAACGAAGUGCUUAGCGACGCGGUGUUGAGGUGGCUUGUUCAAGGUGUACACGAUGUUGAUAACGAGUCUGCGAACCCGUUGAUGCCAAACACAGAGCAACAUAUCGAAAGUCUCAGCACCAGACUCGGAGAAUCCGUCAUGGCAUCAUCAACAGCAUCGGCACCAGAGACCCGAACAGGAAGCGGCGAUAUCUACGGCCACGUCCUGGCUUACGCACCAGGUGGCGUUGUAUUCAGUGCUAUACACCGUACUUCGCGCUCGAUUACCGGCUUGCUGAACAAUUUUUUCCCUCGACUUGGCGAUAAUAUCCAGAGUCUGCUUGGCAUCAAGGCGCUCGUUGCUAUCUUGACUGCCACGGCUGAUCGACGUAUACCGGGGACUCAAGCAGAUAUUUAUCCUUAUAUGGAGACUGAAACGGUGAUGGUGCAAGGGAAGGAAGUGAUCUUUUCAGUCGAGGAAUUGGCGAGAUUGAAUGAAAUGAAUGAGAGGGGUACCUUACGGUAUCCGAGUCAAACAGUUGAGGCAUUCCAGUUGUGGAAACGUGUUUUUGGGAAGGAUGAGACGGAGUAA